UAGCCCGCCGGCCCCAACACCACCGCCGCCGCCCUCGCGGUCGUCAUUCGUUAUUAGCAUCAAUUAAGAUCCCGCCGAACUGGGAGUUUAUUGACUAAUUGCACUCUUUGGGCUCUUAAUUCAAUGGCUAUCGCAUCUGCAAGCCCUUGCAUUCCAAUUCAAAACGACGGCCCUCGUAGUCAAUCAAUUUUAUCACCCAACUCGGUUUUGAGGCGGAGAAUUCAUUUUGGAGGAAUACAUUUGGUAAAAAUGCCGUCCUUUGAGGUUAAGAAUGGCUAUGUAAAGAAAAUCAGUGUGUUUGGGGAAACAGAGAGUGUUGCAACUGACGUCAGUAGUGCUCUGAAAGACGAGCUGUUCGUGCGGUUCUUCAGGGAGGCAUGGCCUUAUUUUCUGGCUCACAGAGGCAGCACUUUCGUUGUCUUGAUAUCUUCUGAGAUUGUUGAUAGUCCUCAUUUGGAUCCUAUUCUAAUGGAUAUUUCUCUGCUCCAUGGGCUGGGAGUCAAAUUUGUUCUUGUUCCAGGGUCCCACGUCCAAAUUGACAGGCUUCUGGCUGAAAGAGGAUCUGAACCCAAGUAUGUUGGCAGCUACAGAAUCACAGACUCUGAUUCUCUUAGUGCUGCAAUGGAUGCAUCUGGGAGGAUUGGUUUCAUGAUUGAGGCAAAACUAUCCCCUGGGCCUUCCUUAAGUGGUAUCCGUCGUCAUGGAGACAAUGCCCGCCGGUAUGAUGGUGUCAAUGUUGCCAGGGGUAAUUUUGUGGCUGCUAAGAGAAGAGGUGUUGUCGAGGGAAUUGAUUAUGCAUCAACUGGUGAAGUUAAAAAGAUUGAUGUUUCUCACAUUCGUGAAAGGCUUGCUCAAGACUGCAUAGUGCUGUUAAGCAAUCUCGGUUAUUCAAGUUCUGGAGAAGUAUUAAAUUGCAACACUUAUGAAGUCGCUACAGCUUGUGCAAUGGCUCUUGGGGCAGAGAAACUCAUUUGCAUCAUAGACGGACCAAUCCUAGAUGAAUGUGGAAGGCUUAUUCAUUUCUUGACUCUUCAAGAUGCAGACAUGUUGAUUCGUAGACGAGCUAAACAGAGCGAGACUGCUGCGAAUUAUGUAAAGGCCGUUGCUCAAGAAGAUCUCAAUGCAGCAUAUGAUGAUUCAAAUCAUACAGUCCCUUCUCCAAAUGGGACGGCUUUUAGUCAGGCUCCCAAGUUUCAGAAUGGUGUUGGCUUUGACAGUGGAAAUGGAUUUUGGUCCAGUGAACAAGGUUUCCCUAUUGGAGGUCAAGAAAACCUGGGUCGAUUAAAUGGUUACCUCUCCGAAUUAGCCGCUGCAGCUUUUGUUUGCAGAGGUGGUGUUCAGAGAGUUCAUUUAUUGGAUGGCACUAUUGCUGGUGUUUUACUGAAGGAGUUGUUUCAAAGAGAUGGAGUGGGUACAAUGGUGGCUAGUGAUCUUUAUGAAGGGAUGCGGAUGGCUAGGGUCACAGAUGUCCAAGGAAUCAAACAACUUCUGCUACCUUUAGAGGAAUCUGGCACUUUGAUAAAGAGGACUGAGGAAGAGGUACUUGGAGCAUUGGAGUCAUUCAUAGUCGUUGAAAGAGAAGGUCAUGUCAUUGCUUGUGCAGCUCUUUUCCCUUUCUUUGAAGAGAAGUGUGGAGAGGUAGCUGCUAUUGCCGUUUCUCCUGAAUGUCGUGGGCAAGGACAGGGAGACAAAUUGCUUGAUUAUAUUGAGAAGAAGGCAUCUUCCCUUGGGCUGCAAAUGCUUUUCCUACUGACAACACGCACAGCAGAUUGGUUUGUAAGGCGUGGCUUCUCUGAAUGUUCGAUUGAGUGCAUACCAGAAGAGAGGAGGAAAAAGAUUAAUAUAUCUCGUAGAUCCAAAUAUUACAUGAAAAAUCUUUUGACUGAUAAGAGUAGCAUUCGCUAAAUGGUUCCUUUGCAUAACCGAAGCAAAUUAUGUGCUAGCUGGCCGUGUUUG